CGGAGGGGGAGACGGUCCCAAGAUGGCGGCGCUGCAGGCGGAGCGCGGGUACGGGCUGUCCUGCGGCCGCCUCGGCCGCGGCACCCGCGUCUCCGUCUUCCACGUCAAGCUCACGGAGAGCGCCCUGCGCGCCUUCGAGAGCUACCAGGCUUGUAAGGAUGCUGUGACGUCCAAACCAGUCAUCCAGUUUCAAGGAAGCCAAGGGCACAUCGCGAUCCCGAGGCCCGACCGACCGACGGAAGUGAGGACCUUCACAUUUUACCUUUCAAAUAUUGGCAAGGACAGCCCCCAGGGGAGCUUUGACUGCAUCCAGCAGUAUGUGUCCAGCAAUGGCAAUAUCCACCUGGAUUGCCUUGGGAGCAUACAGGACAAAAUCACCGUGUGUGCUACUGAUGAUUCCUACCAGAAGGCGAGGCAGAGCAUGGCACAGGCCGAGGAGGAGACGCGCAGCCGGAGCGCCAUCGUCAUCAAACCUGGGGGGAGAUACGUAGGCAAAAAGGUUCAGGUGCGUAAACCUGCACCAGGAGCUUCCGAUGCUGUUCCCUCCAGGAAGCGCCCAACGCCAGUCAACCUUGCCAGUGCAAUAAAGAGAGGCAAUAGUGCCAUUUCUCAGAGACCCUUCAAAGAUAGGGUUGUGCACUUACUGGCACUAAAGCCUUAUAAGAAACCUGAACUUAUUCUCAGAUUGCAGAAGGAUGGACUUUCUCAGCAGGACAAGGAUUUGCUGGAUAACCUUCUGCAACAGGUGGCAAAUUUGAGUGCCAAGGACAGCACUUUCACACUGAAGGACUGUGUGUACAAAGAAGUGCAGAAGGACUGGCCUGGCUACUCAGAAGGAGAUCAGCAGUUGCUGAAGAGGAUCCUGGUUAGGAAGCUCUGCCAGCCCCAGAACAGCAGCGGUUUUCAAGGAGAAGCACCUUCUCUGAGCCCUCCAAAGGACACGGUGAACUCCAGCUCUCCCCCUCAGAAACGAUCCCAACCUCUGGAGUUCAUCGACCCCCUGGCCAACAAAAAGCCCAGGAUCUCGCAUUUGGCUCACAGAACCCAACCCACCUUCAACGGGAAGCUGAGCUCCUCCAACGGGAAGGACACCCCCGCCCCCACCCCUGCCCUGCCGCCGGCGCUCCCGGAGUCGGGAAGCUCCUCCAGCUCCAACCUCCCGGUGCUGGAGCUGCCCCGGCCCCACGACCCCCUCUCGGAUGUGAGCAACGACCUGGCUCACAACGGCAGAGACUGUGAGAGCAGCGAGGCCACGGACAGGCUGAGCCACCCCCCGCCCACAGACUGUCCCCAGACCAGCAAACACAACUGCGGCUCCUACGUCAAAUCCAAGAAAAAAUCCAAAAAGCACAAAGACAAGGAGAAGGAGAGGAAGGAGAAGAAGGGCGAGGAGAAGUGCAAAGAGGAGAAGCAGAACUGUGAAGUAAUAAAAAACGCUGACUUAGGUAGUGUUCCCCAGGAACAGGUCACAGGUUUAAAUGGAACAUGCAAUAAUUCUAGUGUACCAACAUCAACUUCAGAAAUGCCAGAUUAUUUAUUAAAAUACGCGGCCAUUUCCUCCUCGGAGCAGCGUCAGAGCUACAAGAACGACUUCAACGCGGAAUACAACGAGUACAGGGACUUGCACGCCCGGAUAGAGCGGAUAACCCGGCGCUUCACGCAGCUGGACGCCAAGCUCAAGCAGCUUUUGCAGGGCUCUGAAGAAUAUAAGACCAUCCAUGAUCAAAUUUUACAGGAAUAUCGGAAAAUUAAAAAGACUAACCCCAAUUACAGCCAAGAGAAGAACCGCUGCGAAUACCUCCACAACAAACUGGCUCACAUCAAAAAACUCAUAGCAGAGUAUGACCAGCAGCAGUUUUAGCUGCCACUCCCCCCUCCUCCUCCUCCUCCUCCCCCCUGGACUGGGUAGAGCAAAACAAAACAAAACAAAACAAAAAAA